CGCGAAUAUAUAACCGCCGCCCCCCACUUCCCUUCCCGCCUCCGUUCACACGGAAACACAUACCACCCAAAACCCAUCAACCUUCAACAACCCCAUACCUGUACCUCGCAAAAUGCAAUUCAAGGCUAUCCUCGCUGUCGCCGCUUUGGCCCUUGCUGCCCCCGCUUUCGCUCAGGAGGAGCCUUCUUCCUCCGUCGACAUCGUUCCCACCUCCGACUUUCCCUCUGACCCUGUUCCCAGCGAUGAAGUGGCCGGUUCCUCAUCUACUGAUGUCGAGGGCGCUGGCAUUCCCACCUCCACCUCGGCGUUUACUAGCCCCACCCCCUCCGCCAAUAGCACCGCCUCUAGUGUCAUCUCCAGCGUCUUUUCCCGUGCUUCGUCCAUCUCCAGUGUGAUUGCAACCGCUCGUCCUUCCACUGCCGUGUCCUCUGCCCCCGCCGGAGCCACCACGUCCGCCGCCGCCAAGCCUGCCAACGGCGCGACUGGAUCUUACGGAGCGACAAGCAUCCUCGCAUCUGUCGGUCUGACCGCCGUCGCCGGUGCCUUCGCCCUCUUGCUUUAAAUAUCCCCCCCCCCCCCCCCCCCCAA